CAUUUUGACCGAAAUAGGCAAGUCGGUUGAACAAAUCUAGCCAUUCACUGGUAUUCGGUGAUAUCAUCAAGUUGGCUCCACAGGAGACACUCCACUAGCCAUUGUCCUACCGCGAAAUAUGACGAUCUAUUGAGCAUUCGCAAACUGUCGCAGGUAUACCGAUGCUCGGUCCUCUAACCCCACCCUCCCACUGCUCAGCAGUUUUAAAGAUAUAUGACUCCUCUCCCCUGGUUCCUUAUUCAUGAUGUUUUCAGUUCCUCGAGUAUUUACCUUCUGCUCGCCGUGUCAGCUCAGUGCUUUUCACUGUCAGUUUCCCAGAAUAAUUGCUCCGAACUACCAAAUUCACAAGAUGGCUACUACACAGAACAGCAAGAAGACAUUUACCCUUAACACAGGGGCCAAAAUCCCUGCGAUCGGUCUCGGAACCUGGCAAUCCAAACCCAACGAGGUCCGCGAGGCAGUAAAAACCGCUUUGCUUGCUGGUUACCGUCACAUCGAUACUGCUUUGGCUUACGAAAACGAACACGAAGUCGGACAGGGAAUCAAGGAUUCCGGUGUUCCUCGUGAGGAAAUCUGGGUCACUACCAAACUCGACAACACAUGGCACCACCGAGUCCAAGAUGGUAUCAAUUCAUCAUUGUCCUCUCUAGGUCUUGACUACGUCGAUCUUUAUCUUAUCCACUGGCCCUCGUCAACGGAUCCAAAUGACACCAGCAAACACCUCCCUGAUUGGGAUUUCAUCAAGACAUGGGAGGAGAUGCAAAAGCUUCCUGCCACCGGCAAAGUGCGAAACAUUGGUGUCUCCAACUUUGGCAUCAAGAACCUGGAACGUCUGCUCAGUACUCCCACGACCAAGAUCGUCCCGGCCGUCAACCAAAUCGAGUUACACCCCAACAACCCUUCUCCAAAAUUAGUGGAAUAUUGCGCCUUUAAAGGAAUUCACUGCACUGGAUACUCCUGCCUUGGCUCCACCAACUCUCCGCUGUACAAAGACCCCACACUGCUCAAGAUGGCCGAGAAGAAAGGAAAGACCCCUCAACAGAUUCUGCUUUCCUGGGGUAUACAGAAAGGCUGGAGCGUCAUUCCAAAGUCCGUGAACAAGGAGCGCAUUGAGAAGAACAUCCAGCUCGAUGGUUGGGAGCUCACUGCUGAGGAGGUCAAUGAACUCAGCAACCUCAAGGACCGAUUCAAGGUCUGCGGUGACGACUGGCUGCCGGUGAAGGUAUUCUUUGGCGAUGAUGAAUGACUCGUUCUGGGUAAGCUUUAGACAGCAAUUGCUUCAAAAGUU